AAGAUGGCGGAAUAAUGCUGGAGGAAAACCGACUGGAUUUAAAGCAUUAAACGAUAAUAUUUUGGCACACAUUUAAAAUAUUUUUCUACGUUUGCGAGAUAUAAAGCAGUAACAUUUUACAAAGAAGAAGCAUCCUACGUCCGCGAUGGCUGUUUUCCGGCGAGACUCCCUGGUAACCAAGCAGCUGCUGCGCCUUGUUCUGUUGCACACGGCCUGGGAGGUGGGCAGCGGCCAGGUCCGUUAUUCCGUGCCGGAGGAAUCCAAACACGGCACCUUUGUGGGCCGCCUGGCCCAGGACCUGGGGCUGGAGGUGGCGGAGCUGGUGUCUCGGAUGUUCCGGAUGGUCUCCAGCGGCAGGAGAGACUAUUUUGAGGUAAAUUUGCAGAGCGGCGUUUUGUUUGUGAAUUCGCGACUAGACAGGGAAGAGCUGUGCGGCCAGAGCCCCCUGUGCGCCAUUGACCUGGAGGUGAUAGUGGACAAACCCCUGAGGAUAUUUCACGUAGAAGUGGAGAUACAGGAUAUAAAUGACAAUGCUCCUGCUUUUUCCGUAAAUGAAGAUAGUUUCAUUAUUGCAGAAUCGAGACCGCCGGACUCACGUUUCCCACUAGAGGGCGCGUCUGACGCAGAUAUUGGUACAAACUCUCUGCUAACCUAUAAACUCAGCCCAAGUGAACAUUUCACUCUAGAUGUGCAAAGAAAAAAUGAUCAAAGUAAAUCUUUAGUGCUUGUUUUAAAGAAAGCUCUGGAUAGAGAGGAAACCCCUGAGCAUCGUUUAUUACUCACCGCCAGCGAUGGGGGCAAACCGGAGCUGACGGGUUCAGUUCAGCUGGUGAUCACCGUCCUGGAUGCCAAUGAUAACGCCCCUGUAUUUGAUAAGUCAGUUUAUGAGGUGAGUUUAUAUGAAAAUGCUCCGAAUAGUACAUUAGUUAUGAAACUCAACGCCACAGAUUUAGAUGAGGGAAUCAAUAAAGACGUUUUUUAUUCAUUUAAUAACCGGAUGUCUACCAAAAUAAAAGACAUUUUUAGCCUAGAUAUUAACACUGGCGAAAUAAGAGUGAAAGGAAAUAUGGAUUUUGAAUCUCAGAACACAUAUGAAAUUCAAGUAGAAGCUGUUGAUAAAGGACACUCACCGUUGGUGGGGCACAGCAAAGUUUUAGUGGAAGUGUUAGACGUGAACGAUAACAUUCCUCAGCUGGCCGUGACUCCCCUUUCCCUGCAGGUGCCGGAGGAUGCUCCCCCGGGGACAGUGGUGGCUCUUAUUAGCGUCUCUGACCGGGACUCGGGAGACAACGGCAAAGUCACCUGCUCCAUCGCCCCGGACCAGCCCUUUCGGCUGGUCUCCACCUUUAAGAAUUAUCACUCGCUGGUGCUGGCGGAGGCGGUGGAUCGGGAGCGAGUGUCUGAAUAUAAGAUCGUGGUGACAGCCAGAGACGAAGGGGCCCCGUCUCUCUCGGCCAGCAGCAGCAUUUUGGUGCCGAUCGCUGAUGUGAACGAUAACGCCCCCGCUUUCCCUCAGCCCGUUUACACGGUGUUUGUGAAGGAAAACAACCCGCCCGGGGCCCAUCUCUUGACCGUGUCUGCCUCGGACCCGGACCUGCGGGAAAACGCCUUUGUGAGCUAUUCGGUGGUGGAGCGAAGUGUGGGAGAGCAGCCCCUGUCCAGCUACAUCUCGGUGCACUCGGAAAGCGGGCACAUCUAUGCCCUGCAGCCCUUGGACUACGAGGAGCUGCAAGUGCUGCAGUUCCAGGUGAGCGCGAGGGACGCCGGGUUGCCGUCGCUGUGCGGGAACGUGACUGUGCAGCUCUUUGUCCUGGAUGCAAAUGACAACGCGCCCGCAGUGUCCCCGGCUGGCUCGGUCCGCGGCUCGCCAGGGCCCGAGCUGGUUCCGCUGUCGGCCGGCGCAGGGCACGUGGUGGGCAAGAUCCGAGCGGUGGAUGCGGAUUCCGGCUACAACGCGUGGCUUCGCUACGAAGUGCAGGAGCCCGGGGCUGCGGGGCCUUUCCGCGUGGGUGUGUACAGCGGGGAGAUCAGCACGACGCGGGCCUUGGAGGAGGCGGACGGCCCCAGCCAGAGACUCGUGAUCCUGGUGAAGGACCAUGGGGAGCCGGCGCUGUCCGCGACAGCCACUGUCAGCCUGUCCCUGGUGGAGAGUCCCCAGGCUGUGAAAUGGGACUCGAGGCCAAGGGGCGGGAGCGAAGGGCCCUUGAUUGACAUGAACGUGUCUUUAAUGAUCGCCAUUUGCUCGGUGUCCGGGCUGUUUGUGCUGGUGAUUGUCGUGUACGUUGGCCUGAGAUGCCACCCGGGUCCGGAAGUGAUGUGCGGGCCUGGGAAAGCCACCGUGGUGUGCGCGAGCGAGGUGGGGAGUUGGUCCUAUUCCCAGCGCAGAGCCGGAGCUUGUGUGCAGGGGAAGGCACAGCCAAGAAUGAUCUCAUGGUUUUCAGCCCCAACUUCCCUCACUCUGCAGAGAACGGGAAGAGGAAGAUGGAAUCCGAUUUCACACCAAAUGAGAAAGGAAUGCCAAAACAACCCAAUCCUGAUUGGCGUUAUUCUGCUUCCCUAAGAGCAGGAAUACAAAGUGCUGUGCACAUGGAGGAUGCAGGAG